AUGACUGGUGGAGAGUUCUUAAGUCUGCCGAGACGGCGUACUACUGGCAAGAGUGUUAAUUAUAAUGAGAAGGAAGCAGACGCUGAAAUGGCUAAACGUAUUGAGCAGUUAGAAGAGGCAAGAGCUUCUAAUAAGUCUAGUAAACCUAAAAAAGGUAGAGGAGGUGGGAUUGCCACAAAUUGCAGUCCUAAUAGUACGGAUAAGAUAAAGUAUCAGAAAUUUCUUAACGAUAAAUCGAUUGGAUGGAAUUUCAUACCAUCAGUGCCUCCAUUCUUUAGGAAAGCCAGUAGGUUCUCUACAAUAUUGGACUUAGAAAAUGCAUAUGUGGAUAUUGAGGAACAAUCAUUAUACAACCCUGAUUCUGUACUGAUAAAGGCCAAUGAUACUAUUUAUAUGGUUUCAGAACCUCCAGGUGAACCAUAUUACAUUGGAAGAGUGGUAGAAUUUGUUAGUAAACCGGAAUUUAGAACCAUAAUAUCCAAAGCCUCUAAGGAUGUGAAAAAAUUUCCAGUCAAGUUUUUCCAAGUGAGAAUGAAUUGGUUUUAUCGUUCAAGAGACAUUCAAAAUCGACUUAAUAACGUGCAACCGCGCUUGAUUUAUGCAUCGCUUCAUCAAGAUGUUUGCCCAAUUGAGUCAUAUCGAGGUAAGUGUACAGUAGUGCACCAAAAUGAUAUUAACACAGUUGCGGUUGACAAAUUUGACUUUCUCACUAGAUCAAAUAAUUUUUAUUUUAGCCAACUUUUUGAUCGUUACACAAGAAAGUACUAUAAGGUUAUUACCACAGAUGACCUCUUGAAAUUACAGAGUUUUUCACCUUUCUUGGUUGUAUUGAAUAGAAGAUUUCGAUACCUCUUUGUUGAAGAGAAUUACCCAUUGGAAGAAAUAAUUGAGAAGUACAUCCUGAAGAAAGAUGAAGGUGCCAAAAAAGAUGACGAACUUUGGAGUGACCGCUGUAGCAUAUGCAGGGAAUGGUGUAGUAAGUCUAUGAGUUUAAAAUGUGAGGAAUGUACACAGGCUGUUCACCUAUAUUGCCUGGAUACGCCUCUGGAUAGAAAACCCAACAAGGGCGUUGUUUGGUUUUGCUUCAAAUGUAUCAAGAAGCAAGAAGGUUCCGAAGAGGCACUUAAAGAGCUGGAAAAAGAUCAAUUGGAGGAAAAAGAGUUUUUUGAUUCCUCUAGACAGGUGCUAAACGAAGUAGCCCAAAAGGAGCUUCGAGAAGGUAAUUUUUCAAGUAAAAAUUGUUGUUGGUUUCAAUAUGCAGGUCAAACAAUGGUUAAUCAUUUGAAGGAUUUAAUGUAUGAACAUUUAUCUCUCCCGUAUCCUAUGAAAUUCUCUAGAGUUGGAUCCAGGUACCAAUGGUCUGGUUGCAACAAUGAGGAAGAAUCUACUUCUCGAUCGUAUUCGCCUGAUUUCCAGCAGGAAGAAAGAGGAACAGAUACAACUAGUCAGUUGCUUUGGGAUAUGAAGAACUCAAAAACUAGUCCCGAUGAAGUAGAUAGAUACGUGGAAAGGUGUAAAGCAGAAUAUCCGCCUAAAUUGAAUAUGUUACCUGAAAGCUGUAAUUUUCUAGAUUUGGCGGUAACGACUCUUAUGAAAAAUGAUUUUGAUACUGAAUUAGCAUUCAAGAAAUGUGGUGAGCUGGCCUCUCGAGAAUCAUUGCAAGAGCCUACGUUUACCCCUGAGGAAGUUAAACAAUUUGAAGAUGCGAUAGCUGAAUUUGGGAGUGAGCUGCACCCUGUCAGUGAACGUGUAAAAACCCAACCUUCGUCCAUGAUUGUUAGAUAUUACUACCACUGGAAGAAAACUCCGAAUGGUAAAAGGAUCUGGGGUAAUUUCAAAGGACGUAAAAAAAAUAUUGGUAGAGAACAGUUACAUGUUGAGAAUCUUAAUUCUAUUGUCCAACGUGAGGAACGAAAAUCUAAGAGGGAUCGGAAACCAACCAAAUUAGCUCUUGAAUCUGAAAGUUAUAAAUCCCAGGAAGGUUGGAAGUACUUAGAUGAUUCUUCCUUUGAAACUGAGAAUGCUCCAUCAUUGAAACCAUGUUUUCAAUGCAUGUUUUGUGAAAUAGACUACUCUCCCAUGUGGUAUAAAGUUACUGGAGGAUCUGACGAUGAUUACAUCAAGAAAAGAAUGCAAACUGGAGUUAAUGAAAAAACAGAGACGUCUGAAAAGAAUCUACCCGUAACUAAGGGUUCUAAAUCGAAGGAUAAAGAAAACAAAGAUAAAAAAUUAGACGCCUUAUGCAUACGAUGUGCACGUAUUUGGAGAAGAUAUGGGGUGGAAUGGCAACCUCCUUUGACAGUUUUAAAACGUCUGAAUGGGCCAAGUGCUGCAAGUUUAUAUGCUACUUUGGAAUUAGUAUUCAACGAAACCAAUAACAACGUUCUGAAAUUGUCUUCUCAGCAAGCUCACAACAAGUGUUUAGAAUGGGAACUCGUCCAGGAUUCGGAACUAAUCACCAGGCAACGAGGAGAUAUGAUUAGUGUGCCUGAACGUUUAACUAAACUAAAGAAAAGUUCCAUGGCGGCUCGCAUGCAACUCUAUAAAAUGGUUAAGAGGCCAUUUGACAAAGCCGCUUGGAGUAAAGAUCGCAUGCUUUCAGACCUGCAAAAAUACUUGGAACAGCAGCAACCCAAGAAACCAAAAGUAAUACCAACCAUUAAUAAUAUCGUGAAUGAUCCAAAUGAUAUUGCACAGCAGGAUCGACCUAGGGCUAAUAAAACAGACACAACUAAAAAGAAUGAAUCAAGUAAUAAAGUCGAGCCUAAAAAAGAACAAGUAUUCGGUAUCAGUGACGAGUUAAAACAAAACCUGUCCUCCAAUGGAGAUCUGCAAGUGCAUGUUCCAUUGAAUGGAGGGGAUUGCGGAAAAAUUACACUCGAUUCUGAAGCGAAGUAUUUACAAUUAGAUGAAAAAAUCUACGGUGAACUUAAUUCUCGAUUGGAUCAUUCUCGUAAAAGGUUUAAUUCUGAUGAUUUAAGUCAAGGAAGUCACCAAAAAAAGAGGUUAAAAUCUCAUGAUGGUUUACAUUUCAGCAAGGAUUUUAAAACUUGGAAUAGUAAAAAUAUAUCUGUUAUCACAGAUGAAAAGGAUACUGCACGCAUACUGAACAUGUAUCAUCAAUUAGAUCCUUUCCAGUCGAAUUUUUCUCACGAGCAUCAACCUGAAAACGGAUCAGAAGAUUCUAUGCCAAUACAGAAGUCUGUCUCGAUAGAAGGCAAUUCGUUCCAAUCUGAUUUCGAAAAACCCAAAGAUUUUUGUAAUGUAUGUGGAGAAAGCUUCGAUCAAACUUUAGACGAAGAAAUUAAUUGUUAUAGCUGUGGUUUGAGUGUUCAUUAUUACUGUUACGGUGUAAAAAUACCCGCUGAUGCUUCGCGGAAAAGGAAACUGAAAUUUUAUAAAUGGUACUGUGAUCCGUGCUCUAAUGAAAUUCAUCCAAUCGUUUCAACAAAUUAUAAGUGUGAUCUCUGCUAUGUCAAAAAGUUUGAAGAUAGCCUUUGUAGGGGGCACCUUGAUUGUCCAGAUCCCAAUGCCCUAAAAUGCACUACAUCUGGUUCCUGGUGUCAUAUCCUCUGUGCAGUUUUCAAUCCCGACAUAAAGUUUGGAUGUGCCACUAACCUUCAACCAGUAAUUAAUGCUAAUCAUGUCAUUGCAAAGAAUAUUGGGCAAGUUUGUUCUAUUUGCAAACUUGAAGGGGGUGGGCCCAUAAAGUGUUCUCUAUGUUCAAUAAAAUUUCAUAUUACCUGUGCUAGGUCUACCCCUGGGUUUUAUUUGAAAAUGAUGAUGAUUAAGAGUACAAAUAUUAUAGAAGAUAAAAAAAUCAUUCGUGGGAUAUACGAUGAAGAGUAUUCUAUAACCCCUGUGGCAUUAUGUGGGAACCAUCAAAGCGAGCUUCAUGAAAUAAAAGAUUUCUAUCCAUUAAACUGGAAAAUGGAUGAGAACUCGAAGACUUUAUUGCAGCUGUACUGUGAAAACUAUAAGGAAAAUCCUAGGAUGAGUACAGUAUCCACAAGAUACCUAGAACAACAAAGUAUCUGGGGAGAAAAUUUAUUUGACCAUCUCGAUGGGUUGGAACAAGGAAAAAUGGCUCGUGAGCUGGCAAUAAAUUCGGAAAAGGAUAAAUUGAUUAAAAACGAGGUUAAAAUCUGCUCUAAUUGCGGGACUGACAGGAGCAUCUUUUGGUAUGAUCAAAAUAUCUGUCAUGCUUGCCACAUAUCCCCAAAGUUAGGUAAGUUCAAUGCGAAUAUGCCAACUCAAGAUCAGGUAGGUCCACGUAUUAGCAAAGAGGAUGCGGCUAAAGUUCUUGAUGUUCUCAUGCCAAUGGAGACUGUAGUCAAAAAUGUGAAGGAAGAGAAAAAAGUGCCCAAGUCUUUGACUGCCAAAGGCUCUUCCAAAAAGACAAAAUGGGUCAAAGAAACACCGGGGCCAUGA